AUGCUCUCUUUUUCUCCUUUGGAAAAUUGUGGUGAAUACCUGAAGGCCUAUAUUCCAACAUGGAUUGUAACAGGUGCGAUCUUUGCAAUCAGUUUCAUCAUGGAGUUGACUUGCGAACCGUUUAAGCGGCAUUUCGUAUUAAGUGACCCGUCAAUAAGUUAUCCAUUUUCAUAUCAUGAAAGAUUUAAUGACACAAAUUUGUGGCUUUCUGCCGUUAUUGUUCCAUAUGUUGUAAUGAUUUGGAUAUCUUUGCUUAAGCAUUUAUUCGGAGGAGAACAAAACACCCCCAAAUACGCACACGUUAUUCAUAUUACCACGCUUGCGUUCUUUCUAGCAAUGGGCAUCAAUGGAUUUGUGACGGAGUUUUUGAAACUACGAAUUGGAAAAUUGAGACCUGAUUUUCUUGAGCGUUGUGGCCCAACCAUAGAUUCAUCUGCGGCUUUAAUUGGCAAAGUUUACAAUGAAACCAUCUGUUCCAAACCAUUGGGCGAGAUUUUAUUUAAAGAUGGUUUUAAAUCGUGUCCUUCUGGUCAUUCAUCUUUUGCUUGGUGUGGCUUUAAUUUCUUGAAUCUUUGGAUUUCCGGCCAAUUGCAUCUUCAUUCGCCGCUGGAUCAAGAUAUUGACCCUAUUGCAAAUCCUUCUCAAAAUAGCAAGUACCAUAGGUUUCAUCUUCUUCAGUUAGUAAACCUCGUACCGAUUGGAUGUGCUCUUCAAAUCAGUCUAAGCAGAUCGCAAGAUUAUAGGCAUGAUUUUAUUGACAUAUCUUUGGGCAGUUUCAUUGGUUUUGCUGUCUCUACAUUCAUUUACUGUCAGUUUUUCCGGUCGAUCUUUGGUUAUCAUUCCUCUGAAACAAAGUUUUCUGAUUAUCAAGUUAUGAAUUCUUACAAUGAUAUUCCUCUUUAG